GGUGGGAAACUCAUCUUCUGUGACUCGGUAGCUCUUGGACUUAACCUUCAAAACUACCAGAAGAAAAACGAAAAAGCUCGGUCCAUCUUCCCAGGACAUUUUCCCCUCCCACCAUCACUUCAAGUUAGACAUCCUCUUAAAAUGAAAGAGGGGAAAGUUCAGAAGCAUCCCAUAGAAUAUUCAUCACAUGACUGGCACCCUGAGAAGAGACAGGCUGCUCCUACCUGUCCCUAGCAGAAAGCAUCUUGAUUUUGAUUGGACGGUUGCCAGAGUCAUUAGCAUAGUGUACCCUGACCUGGCUUAGGGAACAGCGUCCACUCCGAGAUGACCAGAGCCUGCAGGACCUGAACCAGAACUGACACUUGGAUGACACCCGGGCAGAAGCCCGAAGGGAGGACUCAGGACAGACGGUAGAAAGUCUCUGGAAAACAAGCCCCGGGGCUGCUUGCGUGGACAGACACAGUUUCGGGAGCGAGAGCUCUCUAGCACGUCUCUGAGGAGUUGAGCAGAGGGAAGCCUGUGGUGACCCGACCUUAUCAUGGAACUGGACGACUUUGAUCCUGAAGACAAAGAGAUACUGAGCUGGGAUAUAAAUGACAUGAAACUGCCACAGAACGUGAAAAAGACUGACUGGUUCCAGGAGUGGCCGGACUCCUACGUGAAACACAUCUACAGCUCCGAGGACAGGAACGCCCAGCGCCACUUGAGCAGCUGGGCCAUGCGGAACACCAACAACCACAAUUCCCGCAUCCUCAAGAAGUCGUGCCUGGGCGUGGUGGUGUGCAGCCGGGACUGCUCCACCGAGGAGGGCCGCAAGAUCUACCUGAGACCCGCCAUCUGUGACAAAGCCAGGCAGAAGCAGCAGAGGAAGUGCUGUCCCAACUGCAAUGGUCCUCUGAAGCUCAUUCCCUGCCGCGGCCAUGGAGGCUUUCCGGUCACCAACUUCUGGAGGCACGACGGACGCUUCAUAUUUUUCCAGUCAAAAGGAGAACAUGACCAUCCCAAGCCAGAGACCAAACUAGAAGCAGAGGCGAGAAGAGCAAUGAAGAAGGUGCACAUGGCAUCCGCCUCUGGCUCCUUGCGAAUGAAGGGGAGCCCGGAAACUAAGGCUCCUCCCGGUGAAAUACCAAGUCAGGGAAGUUUACCUUUAACUUGGUCAUUCCAGGAAGGCGUCCAACUGCCCAGCAGUUACAGUACAUCUUUAAUAGCUAACACUCCCCAGCAGAACUCCCUGAAUGAUUGCCUAUCCUUCCCCAAGAGCUACAGUUUGGGGGGAACCACUGAGCUGGAAGAUCCAGCUUCCACCUUGGACCCCACUCCGCUCUAUGAGAAGUGCAAAUUCCCCAGCAGUAGGAUCUACGGCAGUGAAGAUCAGUUUCAGUCUGCUGUCCCUGGGGUCUACACGGAUUACGACGAUCUGCAAGCCUGGAAUAAAAAUGCUACCUUAGGGAGAAAUCCCAAUGAUAACGCGUGCUACCCCAACUAUCCUUUGCCUGUGACCAACUGGCCCUGCGACUUCUUCCCCUCCCAGAACUCUCUGGAGCACCUUCCCCAACAGAUUCCGCUGGAAGCAGCUGCAGUGCAAACUGCUUGUCAUCCGCUGUGGUCCAACCCAGGCGGCGAACCUUAUGAAGAGAAAGUACCUAUGGAUUUCAGCAGCUACGUGCCCUCCCUCACGUACCACUCCCCUCAGCAGGACCCCUUCCUGCUCACCUAUGGCUCUCAGCCUCAGCAGCAAUAUUCACUGCCCAACAAGAGCAGCAAAUGGGAUUUUGAUGAAGACAUGGCAUGCACGGGCUUGGAUCACUUCAACAAUGAUAUGUUUCUCAACCUCUGCCCUUUAAGAUGACUCAGACCUCCCUCCCUUCCUUGUGAGGUAGUAAAGGGCUGGAAGAAUAUCCUUCGAGAAUGGGUUUCGAAGCAUAGCCUCAGAGGAGUGUCGGACUUGUGAUAAGCAGUAGACAGGGCUCUUGUUUGCAGUCUUCCUCUCUUCGCCUCGUCAAUGCUAGUGUGUUUACCCGUAGUCAGGAAUAGAAACUCACGCGUGCCAGGAAUAAUUCCAGAACUCAGGAGGCAGAAGCAGUUGGAUCUCUGGGAGUUCAAGGCCAGCCUAGUCUACCUACUGAGUUUCAGGACAGCCAAGGCUGUGUAG